CUUUACCGGCACCUUGCGGCCUCUUCCUUCUCUCUUCCCAAGGCUCCCUUUUCUCUUCUUUGAAUCCCCCCCCGAAAAUCAUAUCAUACGGUGCGGCACAAAGUACGGUAGUUUGCUGGUCCAGUCUACCCCACGCAUCAUCUUCAUGCUCCGGCACAAAACUACGAUCUACGGUACCGGUACUCCUCCACCGCAAGAGAUGCAAUGAUAUAUUGAAUACCUCUCUCGUCCUGCCACUACAAAAAACUAAAACCUACGCCGUUCGCACCGCCGGUGAGCUCUAUCCAUAAUAAUCCUUUACAUCGGUACGGGAGAGGGAGAGAAAGAUGGGCCCAUCCCCAAACCAUAUCGUAUCAUACAUGAGACCUUGUCAUCAUCCGAUUCUUUUUUCCCCUCUUUUUCUUUCUUUCUUUCUUUCUUUCUUGUUUAAAAAUUGUUGCUUUCUGGCUGGCUGACGGUAGGGAGAAGGGAGGCAAAUUUACGCAAGGGCAUUAUUACCGGCUUUUCCUCCUCCUUUACUUUUUGUCCUCUCCCAUUCAAACAACGACCACACACCACAACAUAACCACCCGACCCCGACCCCGACCCAAAACCACUAGAAAAUAGAGGGAAGGAGAAGGAGGACAGGCAACACCAAAAUGACACGAAACAAACCAUUCCUGUUAGCAACGUUCUUCACCCUGUUCCUCUUCUUCUCCUACAUCCUCCUCCCCUCCACAAAACCCACCCCCCCACCGCCACCUCCCCACCUCCCCACAACAGCCCUGGCGCAACCCCCGCCUAUCCCCUCAUCAAUCCUAGCCGGUAGCGCAAUAAUGCCGCACCUGGGAAACGAGACGCUGAAAGCCGAACUCGGUCGCGCAGGCUGGAAACUCUUCCACAUGACGCUCGCGCGCUUCCCGGAGUCACCGAGCCUGGACGAACGCACCGCGCUAGCGCAGUAUUUGGCGCUUUUCGCGAGACUGUACCCGUGCGGGGAGUGCGCGGAACACUUCCAGAAGCUGCUGGCGCAGUACCCACCGCAAACGAGUGGGCGUGUCGCGGCGAGUCAGUGGGGGUGCUUCGUGCAUAAUCUUGUCAACGAGCGGUUGGGGAAGGAGGUGUUUGAUUGCAUGACGGUGGGCGAAGCGUAUAAGUGUGGGUGCGCGGAGGAGGAUGAGAAGAAGGGGAAGGGGGAGGAGGUGGUGAAGGGGAGGAAGGGGAAGGGAGUGGUAAAAACGACUGGUAGUAGUUUGGAGGAGAAUCUGGAGGGUAGUGGGAGGAAGAUUGAAGUCAUCAAGGAGGGGUGA